GUACCAACUACAAGUAAAUCAAGUCACAUUACUUUUUACCAUAGGCAACAAUCUUGAAAAACGUGCUUGCCGUCAAAAAUUGUGAUUCAUAAUUAUUUUGUGUUAAAUUAAACGAAUUAAACUCAAAGAAAAUGGCCCUUCACGUACCCAGAGCUCCGGGCAUGGCACAAAUGCUCAAAGACGGAGCCAGACAUUUUUCUGGUCUUGAAGAAGCUGUAUUUCGUAACAUAAAUGCAUGCAAACAAUUCGCACAAACAGUAAAAUCCGCGUAUGGUCCUAAUGGCAUGAACAAAAUGAUUAUAAAUCACAUCGAAAAAAUGUUUGUCACAAGUGAUGCAGCGACCAUAAUGCGUGAGCUCGAAGUUGAACAUCCAGCCGCAAAAUUAAUGAUAAUCGCUAGUGAAAUGCAAGAUUCUGAAGUUGGAGAUGGCACCAAUUUUGUUGUGAUUUUAUGUGGUGCUUUACUUGAAGCCGCCGAAGAAUUACUUCGUUUAGGUAUUACACCUGGUGAAGUUGCUGAAGGCUAUGAAAAAGGGUUAGACAAAGCACUAGAAAUUUUACCCAGUUUGGUUGUGAAAGAAGUUACAAAUUGUCGUGAUAUUAAAGAAGUGAUUGGCGGUAUCCGUGCAUCCGUUAUGGCCAAACAAUAUGGAUUCGAAAAUUUCUUAGCUGAAUUAAUUGCCAAGGCAUGUAUUGCAAUCUUACCGGAACAAACUACAUUUAAUGUAGAUAAUAUUCGCAUUUGUAAAGUUUUGGGAUCUGGAUUGUUAAGUUCACAAGUAUAUAAUGGAAUGGUAUUCAAGCGUCAAGUUGAAGGCGAUGUAACAUCAGCUACCAAAGCAAAAAUUGCUUUGUUUAGUUGUCCAGUUGAUAUUAUGCAAACUGAAACUAAAGGAACUGUUUUAAUUACAACUGCAAAUGAACUUAUGGAUUUCAGUCGUGGUGAAGAGAAUCUUUUAGAAGCACAAAUUAAAGCAAUUGCUGAUACUGGUGCUAAAGUUGUUGUAGCUGGAGCCAAAUUUGGUGACAUGGCUUUACAUUAUCUCAAUAAAUAUGGUAUUAUGGCUGUUCGAUUGAACUCAAAAUUCGAUUUGCGACGGUUAAGUAAAGCGGUCAAUGGAACCGUAUUACCAAGAAUCACAGCACCAACUCCACAAGAAUUGGGUUACUGUGAUGAGGUUGUUAUCGAUGAGCUUGGAGAUACUGUUGUGGUAGCCUUCAGACAAUUGGGUAGCGAGUCCAGAAUUUCAACAAUUGUUAUACGUGGUUCCACCGACAAUUAUAUGGAUGAUAUCGAACGAGCCAUCGAUGAUGGUGUCAAUACAUUUAAAGGAUUAUCACGUGAUGGAAAAUUGGUUCCUGGCGCUGGUGCGACAGAAAUUGCUUUAGCCAAUCAAUUAAUCCAAUAUGCUGAUACAUUACCCGGUUUAGAACAGUAUGCUAUACGUAAAUUUGCAACAGCAUUAGAAAGCUUUCCAAAAGCAAUUGCUGAAAAUUCUGGUUUGAAUUCAACUGACGUUUUACGGAAUUUAUAUGAAGCACAUCAAGGUGGCAACAAAACAGCUGGCGUAGAUAUCGAUAGCACCGAUAGUAAACCAUGCAAUGUGUUAGAUAAAGGUAUUUUAGAUUUAUAUGUAUCGAAAAUGUGGGGAUUGAAAUAUGCCGUAGGUGCAGCAUGUACAAUUUUACGUGUGGAUCAAAUAAUAAUGGCAAAACGAGCUGGUGGACCCAAACCAAGAGCACCACAGGGCAGUGAUGAUGAAUCUUAAAAAUAGGGAUUGUAUAUUUAAAUUAAAAAUUUACACGAAAUUCUUAUGUAUUCGCAUUUUCUAUUUAAUA